AUCAUGGCUAAUAUCAAGUUCAAUCCAUGAGAAACAGAUAUUAGUAUUGUCACUAAUCAUACAGCAAAUUUUCCAGCCAUAAUAACUCUAUCCUUAAUGCAUACCUUUGAUUGUAGCAAUGACACCCAAUGCAACACCAUGGAGUGGAUCAGUGGCUGCGUGCAUCUGGAAUUUUGCCUUUGCCCUCAUAAAUUUGUUAUUAAAUACAAGCCGCAUCCCUUCUCGAACAGGUUCAUCUAACAAUAGCAUAUAUAAAACGUUAUAUGCAAGCAUUGUAUAUAAGUGCACUUUGGCAUACCAGCUUCCUCUUGGUCACGCGGGCCUUGUCGGUUAGCGUGAAUGUUCCUGACAUCCACAGAUUGCACAGCAAUCUCAUUGUCUUUGAGCAUAUCCAAAUCCACCGGAUCUUCUUCGGCUGCCAUGAGCAAGAAGUCGAAUCGGCUAUGACUUUGUCGAUCGUCGGAAAACUUGAUACGGUCAUCACUGCCAACGGUAGAAACCGAGUUUGUCGAUACAGAGUCUCGUCGCUGGUUUAUAUCUUCCACAGGAGCAAAUGAGGGUGCUGCUGCUGUUGUUGUUGUCGC